AGCAGGGUCCAGAGUGGAGCAGGGUCUGAGAGGAAGCCCAGGAGCUCAGGCUUCCCUUCAGCUGCUCUCCCCCUCUAUCGUUCAUCCCAGGAGGACCCCAGCCCUCCACUGCUCCACUGUCUCCUCCUGAACAUCCUGGGCCUGGAUUCCAGUUUUACAAGGCUUCUGAGCAGUUCCGGACCCCAAUCCGUGAUGGCAAUGUCUACAUCCAAGGUUGCUCCAUUGCUCACCAACAUGGAAGAGACAGUUGGGUCUGUCGGAGAUAAACAAUUUACACACUUCUCCAAAUCUAUACUCAUUCACAAACACAGCAGUAUUUUAUCUGUGGAAGUUGUCAAGAAUAUUGAGACUGCUGUGAAAGAUGGAAAGUUGGGAGAAGUGGUCUCCAUAGUCAAAGAUAUCAUUCAGGAAGUAUCAAGGAGCACAGUGAAAAUUGCCGUGACUGGGGACUCUGGCAAUGGCAUGUCAUCCUUCAUCAAUGCCCUUAGGCUCAUUGGACAUGAGGAAGAGGAUUCAGCUCCCACUGGGGUGCUGAGAGCCACCCAGAAACCAGCCUGUUACUUCUCCUCCAUUUUUCCCAAUGUGGACCUGUGGGACCUGCCUGGCACAAGGGUCACAGCUCAGAGCAUGGAGAACUACCUGGAGGAGAUGGAGUUUGACAAAUAUGACCUUAUCAUUAUCAUCGCUUCUGAGCAGUUCAGUUCAAACCAUGUGAAGCUGGCUAAAGCCAUGCAGAGGAUGAGAAAGAGUUUCUAUGUUGUCUGGACAAAGCUGGACAGGGACCUCAGUACAAGUGCCCACUCAGAACCCCAGCUACUGCGGAGUAUCCAGGAGAGUAUUCAGGAGAACCUCCAGAAGGAGGGGGUGAAGGUGCCCCCCAUAUUCCUGGUAUCUAACGUUAAGCCUUCAUCACAUGACUUCCCGAAACUUAGAGACACACUGAAAAAAGACAUCCCCAGCAUCAAAUUCGAGGGUCUCUUAGGAACCCUUUUCCAAAUCUGUGAGAACACUAUUAAUGAGAAAGUAGAAUCCUUUAAUCAGAACAUAGAUAAGGAUAAUCUAAAAGGUUUUGGAAUUAAUAAUCCAGGUAAUCAGGGAGAGUGUCAGAAAGUCUUCCAAGAAAUCUUUGGUGUGGAUGAGAGAUCUCUCCACCAGAUGUCUCUGAUUAUGAACCAGCCUGAUGCUUAUUCCAGGGAUGCCAAGCCAUCCCAGAAUACAAAGAGAGACCAACAAGAUGGCUGGACUGUGUCUCAGCUGUGUCGUUCCAGAACCCAAUAUUUCUCUACAGGAGUUAUCUUCAUCCGUUACUGUUUUGACUCUCGCCAUCGUAGAUGCAUUCAACUGAAACAUGUGCUUAAUGAAGUUGCAAAGAAAACCAAGAAUAUUCUGUGGGAAAUCCUGAAAGAGUCCAUUAUCCCUCCUCAGAAGGGCUAGACAACUGAGGUCCUCUCCCCAGCUCUGUACCCUACAUCUAACCCGAAGUUGAGCUUACUUGAGCUUUGGAUUCCAAGUUCCUUGAGGUUAAUGGUCCACCUUUCUUGAUGGGUGUCCCCAUCAGGAAACACCAUAAUGGAUUUUGCUUUGUACCUUUUGUUUAUUUAUUAGCUGAACUAUCUGGGAUCCCAAUAUAGGAGAAAUUUCCUUAUUUUGACUGUACAGAAUCUCACGUUUGACACACAGUUAUCUUUGCACCUAUGAUAGAUAUUGUUUCUGUUAGUGGCCUCUUGGUUUUCCCAUCUCUCUUUCCCCUCUCUUCUUCUUCCCUGUCUUGGGAAGCAGU